CUAGUGCCGCUGUUUCACGCCCUAAACACACGCGGUACGCCCGGUUCGAUUUUCCACACGCGCCUGGAGCACUUGUUUAAUCGCGUGAUCUCGGAUGUGGUAUUUUUUAUUUUAUGUUACGUCAUGCACAAAAAGGUUUAGAGCGCCUCUGACUCCGCGGGCACGCGCCGCGCGUUCAGAAGCCCCUCCCCCCUCCCCCCUCCCACAGCCCUCGGUUAGUUAAACCUGCGCUGUAUCAGAGCGUCACUCACUUCAGGAAAAUAGACCCCUGACCCCAAUAACCUGUUAGAAAAACGUAAAAACGUGUUCCUCCCGUUUGUUUUUCAGCACAGUGUCGCUGCUGGUGAUUUCCUGUUGUUUUCUGGUGUACAGGCAGGGUGGCCGUGCGGUGCUCUGCGCUGUGCUUGGUUUGGGGUUUAGAGAGACCGAGCUGUAAGUAGGUCGGGCUGGGUUUAAGAGGCUUAGCUACGUCAGCCUAAGCUGGGAGGAAUUCAUCCAAAGCCCUCCGCGGUAGGCGGGGGCCUAAACGAGGCUGGCCUAGUUAAGCCUGAUUCUUAUUGUGUGCAGCACAGCCUGGUUUUUGUUGUGCAACGUGGCUGAGGCAGAACCAAGGAGCAGUGUAUGAAACCAUGCACAUUUUAGACAUGGUUUGUGUUUGAUUUAGAGGAAGGAAAAUGGGAAAUGUGGAGGAGUAAGGCCAGGGUUAGCUUCAUCACCGUGGACCAAGAGAAGCCAGCAGCAGGGACAAAAAAAAAAGACAGGUGGGAAGACUGAGGGGCCUUAGUGUUGAAUGUGGUUGCUGGACGGUAACAGCCAUAGACCCGACUCGAUCUCUGUGAGUCUGCAAUGCUUUAAGAUGGCCUCCAGCUCUGUGUUUUUGUCCAGUAUGGUGGGUAAGGCUCGCUCCUCAAACUUCACCCUCUCGGAAAAACUGGACCUGUUGAAGCUGGUCCGUCCUCACAUCCGCAUCCUGGAGGAGCACACCAACAAGCAUGCUGUCAUCGUGGACAAGAACAAGUGUUGGGACACUGUGGCUGAGCAAUACAACGCCUUGGGAGGGGACAGACCCCAUCGCACCGCUCAGGGCCUCAGGACCCUUUACAAGAGGCUAAAGGAGUCGGCCAAGCAGGAAGUGAUGCAGCGGAGACACGCCCAGCCAGAAUACAGAGCAAGCAUCUCGGAGCCAACCAGGAGAAUUAUGGAGAUGAUCCCUCACCUGUUUCACCAUGUGCCCAUCCAUGAAAAGGACCAGGCACUGCGCAGAUUAAUAUACAGCAAGCACAACUCUCCUGUCGAACACCCUGGCAGCAGCUCGUCUCUGGCCGGGCUCCAGGAUUACUCCGCAGCUGUCCCAAGUCUCCCCCAUGAGGUGGUCCAGCUGGACCCUGAAGAGGACGUUAAACCACCCCCAGACCUCCCCAUCCUCUCCACACUCACAGAACCAGGGCUGGACGGUGGCCAGGAGGUGGAGCAGGACUCGGACAGCGAGCACGAUUUUGAAGCGUCGCUGUCUCCCGUCCCCUCGUCCGAUAACAUCCCCCUGUCCGCCUCGCCGCUGCCCUUAGGCCACGACCUCUACCCCAAUGACAUCUACCCUCGCCACGAGCACGACAGGUUUCGCCCGCUGCAACUCGCCAAAGAGGAGCACGAGUUGGUGUUGGCCAAUCACAGGAAGGUCGCUGUGUACCUGGAGGAGAAGAGGGAGGGGCUGAAGAGGAAACAGGACCUGGAGGAGGAACUUCUGCGAGCCAAGAUCAAAGUGGAGAAACUAAAGGCUGCUAGACUGAGAAACGGACUGCCGAUUCCUCAAUGAAGAGCGCGAGCGCACAUCUGCGUCCAGUGUUAGGAAGGGAGAGACAGAGGAGAUCAAUGUUUUGAAAAGAACCGAGGAGCAAUCGUGAGAUUUGUUUUUGCGAACAUAGUGCCUCGUACAGACACCGAAAGCCUAUUUGCUUAUAGCAGUGAAAGGCUCACACGUGCUGCAGUCUGUUCAUUCCCGUCCGAGUACAUAAAAAUAUGUAUCGACAUUGUUCUUAUUGACAGAAGCGGCAGGAGACCUUUUGAAAUGCUCACGUUACAACACAGAUCGGCCAAAGUAGAUGAAAUAAAUGUGAACGAUCUAUUUGGAAGAUAAUAUUCGUAGUAAUGGAUGGCUUGUACCACGAUGAUUCUUCUGCUUCGAUCGCCCACCAAUUUACAAUUUAUGAAUUGUAUUUAAGUGUUGACGAUCUACCGGUAUUUACUUUAAUGUUAUACUGGAGUGUGUGUCUGCCCAGAUCAUAUUAUAGUAUUAGUGCUCUUUUAAUUAUUUGUAAAGAAACUGUCCUUGUGCUUUGGCAUCAGUAAUUGAUUGAAUGUGCCUAAAAUAAAAUAAUUUAUAGGUAACCAAAUUAGGGCGCUUAAUCAAAGUUCGGUUGCUAAGAAAUGUAAAAGAAGCACUAGUUUUUUGAACAGGGAAAUAUUCGGAUACCCAGUACUGAAGCACAAGUCAAAUUGUCGAGGGCCUUAAUCACGAGAUGCUAACGAUGACAAAUCCUGUUGCUGAAUUUACAAAGAAGUGAGAGAAAGCUGUUAAAGUGUGAAAAUCACUGUGGUGGAUGAAUUGAUCAAAAGACGGAGAGGUUGGAUUUGGUUCCACAAUGUUAUCAUUAUUUAAUGUGUGUGACUACAACAUGAUUGUAUUCCAGUGUUCCGAUGUGAUGUAAGUUUCUUUUACACUUUGUCCAUAUGUCAACUUUUUUCUAUUAAAGUAAGUUUGAUUUGC